GGCAUGACAAAGCAACUGAUUUCCUUGUUUACGAUUAAGUAGCUCAGAGCACUUGGUGAACUGCAUACAACAUGAGUCUCUGUGUUUGAGGAUUUAAAACAAAUUCAUCAGGAUCAUCAGGCUUUUCUCCUCCAACAUUUCUUUAACUUAUACAGUGUAUUGCCAUGUCAGGUACCAGCUGUCUGUUGUCUGAGGAGCAGUUUUUGUGCUGCAUCUGUCUGGAUGUUUUCACUUAUCCAGUCACUAUACCAUGUGGACACAACUUCUGCAAAAACUGUAUCACACAGCACUGGACUAUUAACAGUUUUCAGUGCCAGUGUCCCAUGUGUAAAAAACAAUUUAAAACACGACCUGAGCUGUCUGUCAACACUUUCAUAAAUGAGAUGGCUGCUGAGUUCAGGCAAUCAGCUGGAAAGAAAAGCAGCGGGGAAGUUGCCAAACCAGGGGAAGUCCCCUGUGACUUCUGCACUGGAACCAAACUGAAGGCUGUGAUGUCAUGCUUAACGUGUCGCGCCUCCUACUGCAGUGCUCAUCUAAAUCCUCAUAUGACACCUGGCCCACUGAAAAGACAUUCCCUGACUCAUCCUGUGGAGAACAUGGAGGCCAGGGUGUGUACGCAGCACAAUAAAACACUGGAGCUGUUCUGUAAGACUGACCAGACGUGUGUAUGCUCGGACUGCACUGUUUCAGAACACAUGGCACACAAUAUUGCUUCUCUGAAAGACGAAUAUGAAGCAAAGAAGGCUGACCUGGAGCAGGAAGAGGCUGAAAUCCAGCAGAUGAUUCAGAACAGAGAGCUCAAGAUCCAGAAAAACGAACGGUUAAAAAUGCACAGUGAGAAAGAUGCAGAGAGAGAGAUCGCAGACGGCGUUCGUACCUUCACCGCUCUGAUCCAGAAGGCCGAGAGAGACUUGAACGAGCUUAUUGAGACGAUUCAAGAGAGGCAGAAGACGACAGAAGAACAGGCCGACGGCUUUAUCAAAGAACUGGAACAAGAAAUUCAUGCACUUAGGAAGAGAACGGCUGAGGUGCAGCAGCUCUCGCGUAUUCAAGACCAUCUUCACUUCCUCCAGAGUUUCACAUCCAUGGACGCUGCUCUGUGCACCAAGAACUGGACAGAAGUCAGCAUCCGUCCGCCGUCAUACGAGGGGACUGUGUUGAACGCUGUGGCUGAGCUGGAGGAGGUGAUCAGCACAGAGAAGAAGCAGCUGCUUCAUGGGGCCAGGCUGAAGAGGGUCCAGCAUUACGCUGCGGAUGUGAUUCUUGAACACCGCACAGCUAAUCCCUGGCUCAUCCUGUCCGAUGAUGGGAAACAAGUCAUGUGUGGUGAGGUGAGGAGGGACCUACCAGACAACCCGGAGAGAUUUUCUCUUUACGUCAUCGUCUUGGCGCGGCAGAGCAUCUCCUUUGGAAGAUUUUACUACGAGGUUCAGGUUACAGGGAAGACUGACUGGACUCUGGGAGUGGUCAAAGUGUCAGUGGACAGGAAGGGAACAAUCCCACUAAGCCCUUUGAGUGGCUACUGGGCUGUGGCUUUGAGGAACGGAAACGAUUACCUCACUCUUUCUACCCCCGUUGUCAGCCUCAGUCUAAACUCGAGGCCUCAGAAGGUGGGGGUGUUUGUGAGCUACGAGGAGGGUCUGGUCUCCUUUUAUGAUGUGGAUGCUGCAGUUCAUCUCUACUCCUUCACCGACUGCUGCUUCACCGAGGCGCUCUGUCCCUUCUUCAGUCCGGGUCUUCAUCACGGUGGCACGAACUCCACCCCUCUGACGAUUUCACCUGUCAGCCCCACCGAUUUGAUCUGAUCAGUCAUUUAGAAAAAAAAAAAAAUGAUUUCAUGUGUCAUCAAAGGAUCAAAGUGGCAUAAACAGACAAGAAAACAGAACCAAAAUUCACAAUCCUCUUUUUAAAAUUGUUACGGUGAAGGCGCAAACAAUACUCACUCAUUCAGCAGGCUACGGGAGUCAUGUUUUCGUUUAAUAUUCACUUUGAGUUGGUCUGUUAUGGGGGGUGGAGGAGUCUAUUUUUUAGGAUAGCAAGGAAUUGCCCUUUUAAAUGUUUCUUGGCCUGGAUUUAUAUUUUAUUCCAUUCUCCAUGCUGUCUCUGUGUGACAGCUUAGCAGGACCACUAUGUCAGUUUUGAGGAACAGGAUACAUGUGGAUCUUAGUUUUUGGUGAUUAUAUGUCUCUGCAGAGAGUAUCAGUUUUCUGUAGCCAUCGGCAUCUUCUCUUUAUUCUGCAGAAAUAACAACUACUGUUAAAGAUGCUCUAAGCGAUGUCACACGUUUUUUAGGCUACAACAUUUUUUUGUCACAUACAGCAAACAUCUCCUCACUA